AGCUACAAUUGCAAACAAACAUGAUUGAUGAUCCAAAAUAAGCGAAUCAAUCGGUUGACAAGUAUAGAAAAUUAGGAUUAAGCAAGUCAAAUGGUAGAAGAGAGAGAAUCGGCCAGAUUCAAUAAUCAGAGAGACCCUCCGCUUCCACACCAUGAGUCUCUUUGGCCUUGGAAGCAGAAACCAGAAGACAUUUCGGCCUAAGAAGAAUGCUCCGUCUGGAAGCAAGGGUGCUCAACUUCAAAAACACAUAGAUGCUACCUUGGGUAGUGGAAACCUAAGAGAGGCUGUGCGAUUACCUCCUGGAGAAGAUAUCAAUGAAUGGUUGGCUGUUAACACUGUGGACUUUUUCAAUCAAGUGAACAUUUUAUAUGGAACUCUUACUGAAUUCUGCACAGCAACAAGCUGUCCAACAAUGACUGCAGGACCAAAAUAUGAAUAUAGAUGGGCCGAUGGAAUAACCAUUAAAAAGCCAAUCGAAGUGUCUGCUCCAAAAUACGUUGAAUAUCUGAUGGACUGGAUUGAGGCUCAACUAGAUGAUGAAAUGAUUUUCCCUCAAAAAUUGGGAGCACCUUUUCCUACAAAUUUCAGAGAUGUUGUUAAGACAAUAUUUAAGCGGCUAUUUCGAGUAUAUGCCCACAUCUAUCAUGAGCAUUUUCAGAAGAUUGUGAGUUUGAAAGAAGAAGCUCAUCUAAAUACUUGCUUUAAGCAUUUCGUUCUCUUCACAUGGGAAUUCCGCUUGAUUGACAAAGGAGAGCUUGCACCACUGCAAGACCUUGUUGAGUCUAUUCUGCAAUUGUAGUAAACUGCAGAUAUCAAUUUCUUAAUUUUUUAGCUUUUAGCAUGAAUGUUCUGGGUAGACAUUUUUGUGAGCUUCUGUUUGUUCAUGUUAUUUGUCCCUUCAUUUAUUGAUUUAUUGUUCUCAACCAAUAGAAAUGACUUGAUAACCUCAUAAAUGAAAAUAGAUUUUGAUUCCAACUGUAAUGAGACACUUCAUUUUUUUUUU